GCAAAAGCAGGGUAUCUGAGGCGGGAAAAACACAACACAUCGGAUGACCUAGCACGAAUAGAACCAAAGGUAGGCAUUUCCAUUUCUUUUUUUUUUUUAGGUGAACAAAGUGUGCUCUAAAAUUAGAAUGACAUGAAAGGAUGUUGAAGCGAAAAAAGGGCGUGGGCGGGGAAUAGUUUAAUCAGACCUAAUUCCGAACUGAUGAUUUUGAAUUUUAGCUUUCAACUCCCAUUAUUUUCCUACUAUUUGCUUUGAAAUCUGCUCAACCGAGUGAGGGAUCCCAGUCUAAAGCUCAAAAAAUAUCCGAGGCUGGAGGGUCUAUUUGUAUCGGCCUAUUUACCUUUUUUUUGUGGAUCGAGUGUCUUGUUGGGUGUUGUCUCGCCUAGAAUAUCUGUAGCUGUCGUAGGCGGGCUCCCCAUUUGUCCCAUUCCUAAGGCCUUUUGGUGUGGUGCAGUUGUGGAUUAGGUGUUCGAAGUUGGUCUGUCGUCGAUACUGUCUCCCAAUUUCCGGUUCUGGUUUCCUUGAUUGAGGUCUUUCAUUACUACACUCGCACCCUCGUUAACCACCCCACCCUCAGACGGCGUCCCCGGGAACCACCAUGCGUUCACUGAUAUUCCUGUUCCUCAUUCUGGCGGCCAUAUGUGGGAGCGGUCGGGCUGCGGAUGCGGAGGUAUCAACUUGUGCGGUUGGGUGUAUGAAGAAUGUUAAUGUCACGGCUACUCAGACUGUGGGGGAGUUUUGUCUCUCUUCAAUGGCGCAAGCGAAUAAGACCAAGCUGGCAUUUCAAAUGUGCAUGUUUGUCUCGCAAUGUCCCGAACUUGCUAAUCCCGCUCAGCUCCCCACCCUGAUAUUCGAUUUCUGCGAAUCCGUCAUCACCUCAGAUGGUAAACUUCUCGGUCGCCUCCUGAAACUCAACUCGACAGCUGUACCAUUGACCAGAGAUAACCGAAUGGUAGUAGGCUGGUUCGUCCAAAUGGUCAUUGUGGUCAUCUUUCUACCCCUCUUUGUAUGGAACCGCGACCAACGUAUCAUCCGAUUCCGCCACUGGUCCAUGUGCGUCACGACCGCAGUGUGGUUAUUGAUCUACAUUGGGCUCGUUGCAUUCUUCUACACCGCCUUAAGCGAUCUAAGAUCUGUAUCGGAGAGAAAGAUUCGGAUGUGGAUUGGGGCCAUUCUCGUGUCGUUCUCGUUGGCAAUGCCAGGGUUUUAUGCGUUGAUUUUGACCCAUUACUUUCUGGACAAAGCACAGCGUCUUCGAGCCAUCCUUCGCGCUGAACUACCCCAGGUCUACCAUUACGACCGCGUCAGCCAAACGUCCACCCCCAAAAACUCUAUCCCAGAAGAACCCAAAAUCUCAGCAGCUGCGCCGCCUCUUGGCAAGAAACAACAUAGUCAAAUCUACCAACCUCAACACGACCAGCUCCAUAUCACGGCUACCAGGCUUCGCCGUGUGAAUUUCUGGGCCCAAGAGCGCAUGGCAUUUGUGUACUACUUUGUGACUGCAAUCCCCAUGUUGUGCUUUUUGGCUUGGUUGAUGAGCGUCAAAUGGGGCCAACCGGAUUUUGAAGAAUACACCGUCUGGGUGUUUUUGUGGCAGAUUUUGGGAGCGGAUCUGUUGAUUUUGGGCUUGAGAGUGCCUUGGGUGAUGAUGGGUGACAACAUGGCAAUCAAGUGGCAGAUUUUGGUCACCGCUAUUGUAAUGACCUUCAAUAAAGGAUGGACGGCCUACGAUUACUACAAUCACUCGCAAGCAACAGCGGAUGGUUUGGUCUGGCUGGCCGUCUUUGCCCCAAUAUUUUAUCAUGUUCUCCUCCUCGCCGCGCCCACAGUCGUCGCCCUCCUCCCCGAAUACCAAGACACAGUUCGAAAAACCCGAACGGGUCUCCUCUGGCUCACCCGCUCCUCUCACGGCGCCUCCUCCAUUUCCGAGAAUAAGGGCUCCAUGCAGGAUCUUCACGGUACAACCACAACCAUGAGUGUUCGCCAUGGAUCCAAGAGCGCUGCAGUCAGUAGAGUGGGACAAGAGGACACUCCAACACAACUACCUGUCAUGUCCGACACUAUCCGCAAAAUCACGACAUCAAUUUCUUCCACGGCUGUGAACCAGCGGACCAGUUUCAGUCAUCCCAUGCCUGCCAAUGCCGCGUCAACCGUCACGAGCCACCAGGCAGCCCAAGGAGCAGCUCAAAAGCGGAACCGAUCUACUUGUACCCCACCCACCCGCGAACUGGACCUCACCCUCGCACACCCCGCCAGUUUGUCCGCUCUUACAACCUUUGCAGCUCACGAGUUUUGCACUGAGAACCUCCUCUUUCUUGCCAAUGCCAUGGAUUACCGGCACAGAUACUCACGGUUUAACGGUCCCGAUCGCCAAAAGUACGCACAGAACAUCCUCUAUGACUUUGUGAGGGCGGGGAGUACGAAUGAAGUGAAUCUUCCCAGUGGAAUUCGGAGAGAGAUUGAAAAGAAGUUGAAGGAGGCCCCGAUUAAGGGCGAUGAGUGGAGUGGCGAAAAACUGUUUGAUGAUGCUGUUGAGCAUGUCAAACAAAUGCUUGCAACAGAUAUUCUGCCACGAUACAAGCGGUCAAGGUUCUACAUCGAACCGGGCACGGGUGCAUGAAGAACGCUGUUCGUAUAAUGUUCCCGAGAGUGAGGGGUUGGGUUGUGGGCCGCACGGAUGGGAGUAAGAACAUAGAACACAACGUCAUCAUGUUCAUCUGUAAUUUUUAUUCUCUUUUACAUUUUUGUUUUAAAAAAUGUUCUUGGUUUUUUUUGGGCA